AUGCCUGACAAACACAAGUUGAGCUUGUUUUCAAGACAUAAACAUAGCAAUGACGGACACGAUCUAUCACCCUCGACUACUGAGAGUUCCAGUGGUCGUAAAUUUCUAGGUUUCCAUAUCGGCAAGCAUGACUCACAAGACUCGUUACCUUCACCUAGUGGUACCCCAGAGCCUCACCCUGAUUUGCAUUCACCAACGACUUUUAACCGGAAACCAACUGCCCCAUCACCAAUCCACUCCAAUACGACAACCAACUUACACGAGAAACCAGCUGGGUCAAUGAGCGAGUUGAAGCGGUUUUUCAAACCAACAAAGAAGACAUCGAAUCCGAAAUCAAGCAGUGGUGGUGUACAUGGGAUAGUUGCUGGUGCACACCACUCGAAUCAAAUACAUAGUCCUCCUCCAAAUGCUAGUGGAUUAGGCAGUGGCGCAUCUUCGCGAAACCAAUCGAGUACAGCACUAGCCACAAUGAUCAAUCAAACGUCGUCACAAUUGCUAGCUAAUGCAUCACACUCACUGAGCUCAAAUAAGGAUCCAUUCACUGAUGACAGUUCACCCUUGGUGCAGAAAUACGGUAAAGUGGGCAAGGAAUUGGGCAGUGGGGCUGGUGGGUCGGUGAAACUAAUCACAAGACCAUCUGAUUCCAAGACAUUUGCAGUGAAGGAGUUUAGAGCCAAACGGUCCAACGAGUCAUUAAAGGACUAUACGCGAAAGUGUACUGCUGAAUAUUGUAUUGGAUCGACUUUAAAACACCCCAAUAUCAUCAAAACCAUUGAUAUCCUUCAUGAAAACAAUCGAUAUUUUGAAAUUAUGGAGUAUGCACCGAUUGAUUUCUUUGCGGUGGUGAUGAGUGGUGAAAUGUCACGAGCUGAGAUCAAUUGUUGUUUAAAGCAGAUACUAGAAGGUGUCAAUUACCUACAUGGGCUAGGGCUAGCCCAUCGAGAUUUGAAGUUGGAUAAUUGUGUUUUGGACAAAAAUGGCAUAUUGAAACUUAUUGAUUUCGGCAGUGCUGUGAUAUUCAAGUAUCCAUAUGAUCAAUAUGGCGGUGCGCAAAAUGUGCAACCGUGUCAUGGAAUAGUGGGGAGUGAUCCAUAUUUGGCUCCCGAGGUGUUGAAAUCACCCAAUUCGUACAAUCCACAACCAGUUGAUCUUUGGUCAAUUGCGAUAAUAUAUUGUUGUAUGACGUUGAAACGAUUCCCUUGGAAAAUUCCCAAUUCCGAAAAGGACAAUAGUUUCAAAAUGUAUUGUUUGCCCGAUGAUAAUUACCACGAUUAUUAUUUGAGUAAUGAGUGUCACAAGUUGCUUUUGCAGCAGCGCAAGUUGAAGAAUAUUAUUGUUCGUCUGAACAAAAAGAAGAAGCGGUUGGAGGAGGAGCGACGGGAUGAAGAGGAUGGUGUAGGACAGGCGGAGCCACUAGAGCCGAAGUCCAGUGCGCCUCAUAGUGGUGAAGGUAACGACAAUGACGAGCUAGAAAGAGGUGCAAACGUGGAUACAUCUCAUGAAAUCUUGGAUGAAACGCAGGAGAAUGAGAUUUUGACAAAAUUAAAGCAGAUUGAUCAAAAAUUGGAAGAAUACGAGACGAAGAAGAGUCAAGAACGCGAUGCUUUUAACGAACAGCGAAAGCAUGAUCCAGUAUAUCAAAAAAUUCUCGCACAACAAGAGGAAGAGGAUAGGCGAAUGCAACAGGAAAAAGAAGCUGCUGCUGCUUCUGCUGCUGCCUCUGCUAAUGGCAAAGACGCCACCAAGAAGAAACCUGCAAGCCACAAACAAAUACAUGGUCCUUAUAGACUAAUGCGUCUUUUACCUCACGCUUCACGUCCGAUAAUGUCGCGGAUGUUACAUACGGACCCCAAACAACGGGCCACUUUGGAAGAGAUUAUGAAUGAUGAAUGGAUUAAGGAGAUUCAUUGUUGUACUUUGCGAAGAGAGGCUCGGAGUGUCGAUAAUAUUGGUGCCAAUUUUGAUGAAGAUGAUGAGGAGAUUUUGGUCAAGGGGACUCCACCGCAUGAGCACACAAUUGUUUCGGAGAGCUAG